GAGGAAUUGAGGUGGAAAAUGGAGAAUAUGAGUUUGAGCUGUGAAAAUAAAGAUAAGGAGGAGAAAGUAACUGUUGAGGAAGAAGAUAAUGAGAUUCUCAAGAGAAGAAUCUCAGACCAUCCAUUAUACAGGCUUCUCCUUCAAUCUCAUCUCGAUUGUUUGAAGGUUGGUGGAGAUAAUGGUCAAUUUAAGAUCAAGAACACUGAGAGAAGACACCAUUUGAAACAGCAAGGAAACAAUUGUCUAGAGCUAGAUCAAUUCAUGGAAGCAUAUUGCAUAGCACUUGGGAAGCUAAAAGAAGAAUUUGAAGAACCUCAACAAAAAUCUAUGGCAUUCAUUAGCAGAAUGCAUUCUCAACUCAUUCAACUUACAACUACCUCAACUCACCACUUCUCUACUGGUGAAAGCCAAGAAGGAACAAAGAGUGAAAGGCCAUGAUUAUAAUGUAGAUUUAAAUCUCAAUACAAAUGGAGUUUGACACAAACAAAUUAAUAUGUAUACCAUAUAAAUGAGUAUUUAUAACUAUGAUGGACCACUAAACUUGUAGAAAUUUAUCAUUAUAUUUAUAUUAAGAUUAUGAUAGUGUGUACUAAGAGUUGUUGUUAGUAUUUGUCAAAAAUUCUUCU